GAUCUCUCUCCUCUUUGGCGUGGAAUUGAUGCCAGAGAGGGAAGUAAGACAGGUAGGUGAGGUGAGAGAGAGAGAUAAAGAGAACUCCAGAAAAUUUUUCUUAUAAUUGACGAUUCGAAUCAGGCGGAGCCAGGCCAAGCGUCAUCGACGACUAAUGAAACAGGAAUGCAGGUGUCUGAGAAAGAGAGGGGACGGGGACAUGGCACACACCGGCUCCGUCUAGCCACGUCCCUCUUUUUCUCCUCUUAACUUGCGCCUGUCCUUCCCUUCCUUUUCUCCGCAUGAAACUCACAUACUGACAGAGCCAGGAUGAUCUUAUCGAUGGACCGAUAUAGGACGCUGCUGAAGCAGAGUCCCCCGAAGCAUCGACAUGAUGGAACUUCACCUCUUCCUCUGGGAAUGGAUUGGAGUCCCCCGCCUAAGAAAUGGGAUGGAAGAGACACAGUUUGGCCACAUGAUCCUCAUACAGGGUGGAGUUAUUGCGUCACCAUUCCCUCUUGGGUCAUACUUCCGAAAUCCAGAGAGUCUGAUCCUAUAGUGGGACAGUUUUACAGGGUUCAAGUUGGUAUACAAUCACCUGAAGGGAUUACCACUAUCCGAGGAAUACUUCGAAGAUUCAAUGAUUUCCUAAAGCUAUUUACUGAACUCAAAAGGGCAUUUCCCAAGAAAUAUCUUCCCCCAGCCCCUCCAAAGGGUAUCUUGAGAAUAAAAAGCAAGACACUGUUGGAAGAGCGAAGGUAUUCUUUGGAGGAGUGGAUGGGAAAGUUACUGUCUGACAUUGAUAUAUCAAGAAGUGUACCAAUAGCAUCCUUUCUUGAGCUAGAAGCUGCUGCUAGGUCUUCAUUUCACAAUGUAAAUGAGCCUAGUUUAGAAGCAAAUCCAUCUGGUAGUAGUAUGGAUCCUUCACUUUAUGUCCAACACAGUUCAGGUAUGUCUGCGAUUGCUGGUAGUCCAUCAGUCGCAUCAGAUUAUGGCAGUGAUAAUGCUUAUGAGGCAUCAGAGCUUGGAACACCAAGACAAGGAAGGGAUAGCAAUUCUGAAGUUGGUAUAGAGGAUCUAGCAUUGGAUCAAGACUUGGUCACUACUGUAGGUGCAUUUGUAAAGUAUGGUGUAUCUAAGAAUGAUAAUGGUUUAUUUAUGGGAGAUUCUAUUAUAGAGAAGAUGGAAGGAUUUCCAAGGCUCAAAAUGCAUUCCAGGAAAGAAAAAAAUGUUAUGAAUAGGAAUAUAUAUAAUGGCACUACUUCCAAGGUUGCAUCCAUUUCCAGUGAUGGAAUGAGUCAUUUGUCUGAACCUGAUCAUGGAAGGACAGCAAGCCAUAUUCGAAAGCUGUCAUCUGAGAGUGUUGGAAGUGAUGGAAGUUCCGUAAGGGGAAGUGAAGUUUCAAAUUCAGGCGUUGCUAAUUCAUUGGGUGAUGGCUCCCUUGACCUUCCUGGAGGUGUUGAAGCUUCACUAACCACAGAAAAUCUUGGAGGCAUAGAUUUGAGGUUCCCGGGUGAUGUACAGGUGGUUCUUCCAUUAAAUCAACGCCACAAAAUGAACAGGGUUCUUAUGACCAUGCAGCAAAGACUAGCUACGGCAAAGACGGAUAUGGAGGAUCUUAUUGCCAGACUAAAUCAAGAAAUUGCUGUGAAAGAAUACCUCACAACAAAGGUCAAGGAUUUAGAAGUAGAACUUGAAAGCACUAAACAGAAAAGUAAAGAAAAUCUACAACAAGCCAUCUUAAUUGAAAGGGAAAGACUUACCCAAAUGCAGUGGGAUAUGGAGGAACUUCGAAGGAAGGCCCUGGAGAUGGAGACAAAACUGAAGUCAGAGCAGGAUGAAAAAGAUCGUACAGAGUUGACGAAAGUAUCAGCCAUUCAGGAGAAGGAAUUGUUGCUGCAGGAAUUGGAUUCUACCAGAGAACAGCUGGAAAACCUGAGAAAACUCCAUGAAGAACUAGAGAUGAAAUCAAAAGGAGAUGUUAAAGUUCUUGUCAAAGAGGUUAAAUCUCUAAGAAAUUCUCGAACAGAACUGAAGCAGGAACUUAGUCAGUUACACAAGGAAAAAUCUGAAGUUGAGAAUGUUCUUCAAAAAGAAAGAGAAAGAAAGGAACACUCAAAAACCGCCAAUAUGAAGCUGUUGCAUGAAUGUGGCAUUCUACGCAGUCGGCUUCAAGAAUGCAGUGUGAAUUUUCUUGCAGAAGAGGAAGAUAAAUUCACUGUGGAUGCUUCUUCACUAUCAGAUGCUUUAGAUCUCUUGUCAACAUCUGAUAAUCGGAUAGGCCUCCUUCUUGCUGAGGCACAACUUCUAGCACAAGAUGAUGAAAAUUCAGUUUCAGCUUCCAUCAAAAGCCACAAUAUAAAUGGUGAUGAUUCAUGGAGAACAACCCAGGAUGAAUUGAGGAAGAUGAUGACAGAUAUCUUCAUCGACAAUGCCAGAUUGAGGAAACAGGUCAACUCUGUAAUUCGUUGUGCUCUCAAAACAGCUGUUCCUUUAGAGAAUGAUGAGGAUGAGGAAGUCCCUUUAAGAAAGACCGUACUAAACAAGUUCUUAGAAAGGUAAAAAUGGGGCCACACUGUAAAUUUCUUUUACUUUUAGAAACAUGAUGGCUGCCCCUCCAUCUUACCACCCAUGCCCCCCAUAUAGCCCAUACGAAAAUCAGCUGCUUUACUCAGCGGUGGAUGCCAAUGCCAUUGAAGGCUGGAGAAUUAGUCUUUGUAAUUCAUGUGGUUUCUUAGGUAUCGGCCUCAAGACUCACUGCUUCAGAAGCAUUGUGUAAUAUCUUCUUCCACCCUGUUUUUUGCUGAGCCUUUUUGCGCCAUUUUGUUUGUGAAAUUAAAUAAUGAAAAGAAAGGAAGAGAGCAACUCACGGAGGUUCGCCAGGAUUGUGCAAUUUGGUUCCACAAAUGUCAUCUGCUGUAAGACGUUCCACUUUGCCACUUUGGUUUCAAAGUUUUCAUAUUUGAUGGCUAUAGCCAUAUGGAUGACCCGAGAAGGAAAGGUGAAUGUAUGUA